UAUCUGCCCGACCUGUAAAAUAUCCAAGCUUGACAAAUUAUCCCCACACUGCAAACAUACUUCAUAAUCCAUGGAUUCAAGGAACAAGUUUCCUCAUAUAACCAGAACUACUUGGACAAAUUAAGACAACAACAGAUUCCAUAGAAAAUUACAGACACUUUUAGACACGAUAAUUUUCUUUUACCAAAAAAAAGCACAAUAAAAAUUUCUAAAUAUAGUGGGCGUCACACUUUAUGUAAAGUCUAAUAUAAGUAACAAAAUCCCUUAUGCAGGGGAUGUGUAUCCAUUUGGAUUAGAAAAUAUAUGGAAACUUUUUUUUCUUUAGUUUCUGGCUUGACUGUACCUGGUCUUUAGUCUGAAGCCUAAUAUAACAAGCACUCAUUUUUCUUAGUUGUCAAUUGUUGAUACGUUACAUAUAAAGGAAAAUCUAUUAAAGCCAAUUAUCACAAGUUUCAAAACCAAAAUCUACAUAAGGAAUGAUCAAUUUGGCCAAUACCAUUCACCUAACAUCUGAUUUCCUCUAUAAUAAAAAAGUAUUAGUUUAUUAUAGCUUCCUUCAGACAUGGCAAUACUGCUACUCCUGCUUCUCGCAGCAAGUCUUGCAACUUUUUUUUUUUGAGCACAAGUCUUACAUCCUCCUGCCAAGGCGUUUUCACCAACCAAAUUCACUCCGUCAUUCCAGAAGCCAUGCAAUUCUCCAGAGUGAACUGUGCAAGUUGGCAUCUGGGGAUUGAAGCUAAUAAUAUCUUUGAAUGGUGGACGACUCCAAAAGAAUGUAAAGAGUAUGUAAAGAAUUACAUGUUAGGCUACCAAUACCGGUCCGAUUCAAAAGCUGUGAUUAGUGAAGCUAUCAACUAUGUCGGAACCCUCCAUUUUCCCAAAGAUGGAAGAAGCAUUUGGGUCUUUGACAUAGACGAAACUGUUCUUUCUAAUCUUCGCUACUUCACUGAUAAAGAUUUAUCCGGGUUGGAUCCGGCCCUUUCCACACCAGAAGGCGAGGUAAUGCCGGAGUCUCAAAGGCUAUACAAGAAGUUAUUGUCUGUUGGAAUUAAGGUUGUUUUCCUGAGUGGAAGAAAAGAGAACAAGAGAGAUGCAACAGUAAGUAAUCUAAAGAAAGCUGGAUACCACUCUUGGGAUAUGCUCAUCCUAAAGAGUGAUGAAUUGGCAAACAAGACAGCACAAGAAUAUAAAUCAACAAUGAGGGAAAAUCUUGAAAAGGAAGGAUAUAGUAUUGUGGGAAACAUUGGGGAUCAAUGGAGUGAUCUCUUGGGGCAUAAUGGAGGCAGACGAUUAUUCAAGCUGCCUAAUCCAAUGUACUAUAUACCCUAGUUACUAACCUAUUAAAUUAAUUGUUUCUGCCUUUUAUGAUCUUAA